AUGGUGCCAUUUCUCAUCAUCAAAUAUUUCAUUGCUCUAACAAUAAUAAUAAUAUUGUCAAUUGAUAAAACAAAUGCACAAAUUUUGCAUGGAGCUCUUCGAUCGUUCAAUGGUAAUAUCGCAGGUGGCAACUCAUUAAACAAUAAUGCUAACGUUGGGAGAGUGCCGGCAGCAGUACAAAAUCAGGCUCAACGGCCUGGUUUAUUGAGUUCUGGACUUAGCGCUGGUGUUGGUUUCCUUGCAGGAACCUUGCUUGGUUCCUCUUUGUCACGCAGUAAUUACCGCAGUUAUCCACGCUAUUAUCCAUACUAUGUGUACACACCAUAUUAUUACUACCCUUAUUAUUACUAUAACCGUGGUUAA